AUGAAUCGCGAUCGUUUUAACCUUCACGAUGAAUUGAACGCUCGCGAACAGUUGAAAGAUCGCGAUCGUUUUAAAUUUCACGAUGAAUUGAACGCUCGCGAACAGUUGAAAGAUCGCGAUCGUUUUAACCUUCACGAUGAAUUGAACGCUCGCGAACAGUUGAAAGAUCGCGAUCGUUUUAACCUUCACGAUGAGUUGAACGCUCGCGAACAGUUGAAAGAUCGCGAUCGUUUUAACCUUCACGAUGAGUUGAACGCUCGCGAACAGUUGAAAGAUCGCGAUCGUUUUAACCUUCACGAUGAGUUGAACGCUCGCGAACAGUUGAAAGAUCGCGAUCGUUUUAACCUUCACGACGAGUUGAACGCUCGCGAACAUUUGAAAGAUCGCGAUCAUUUUAAAUUUCACGAUGAGUUGAAAGAUCGCGAACAGUUGAAAGAUCGCGAUCGUUUUAACCUUCACGAUGGGUUGAACGCUCGCGAACAGUUGAAAGAUCGCGAUCGUUUUAAAUUUCACGAUGAAUUGAACGCUCGCGAACAGUUGAAAGAUCGCGAUCAUUUUAACCUUCACGAUGAGUUGAACGCUCGCGAACAGUUGAAAGAUCGCGAUCGUUUUAACCUUCACGAUGAGUUGAACGCUCGCGAACAGUUGAAAGAUCGCGAUCAUUUUAAAUUUCACGAUCGCGAUCGUUUUAACCUUCACGAUGAGUUGAACGCUCGCGAACAUUUGAAAGAUCGCGAUCAUUUUAAAUUUCACGAUGAGUUGAACGCUCGCGAACAGUUGAAAGAUCGCGAUCGUUUUAACCUUCACGAUGAGUUGAACGCUCGCGAACAGUUGAAAGAUCGCGAUCAUUUUAAAUUUCACGAUGAGUUGAACGCUCGCGAACAGUUGAAAGAUCGCGAUCGUUUUAACCUUCACGAUGAGUUGAACGCUCGCGAACAGUUGAAAGAUCGCGAUUGUUUUAACCUUCACGAUGAAUUGAACGCUCGCGAACAGUUGAAAGAAAGAUCGCGAUCGUUUUAA